UUGACUUCUUCUAUUUCCCUGUCCAAACUCCAAAGCAUAUUCUCCAAUUCCCUUUUCCUUUCUUUCUCAAUUCUCACCUUUCCAUCGCAACGACAACGCCAAAAGCCCAAUCGCAUCGCAAUAAAUCCUUGGACCCGAAACCAAACAAGACCUUACUCGUUCUCUUCUUCUCCCUUCCGCUUUCUCAUUCCCUCGUUUUCCUUUCGCUCGAAGCUGAAACAAAGGAAAAACCACCGAUCGCGUGAUGAGUAACGAUUGGAUUUGGCUACCGUCGCUGUAUUCCGAUCCCGACGCCUUCUCCUAUUUGGAUCCCUUCGUGCACCGCACUUUCGCCGGCUCGCACUUCCUGCAUUCGCUCCUGGACAAUUCCAGAAGCUUCGCGCUCGAGGAGGCGUUCGGACACGUGUCGCGAUUCGCCGGCGCGUUGCUCAUGUGGCUCUCGCGCGCGUCCGGUUCCAAUGUCGCGCGCUCCUUGCGCGGUUCUCCUCCUCCUCCUACUACUUCGUUUGGUACCGUGCAGCUUAAGGCUGUGUCGUCGAAUGUGCGCGUGUUCGGGUUUCCGGUAGGGCCGAAGAGGAAGUCGCGUUCGCCUCUGCGGUUGGGGAAGAUUUCGAGUUUGGCGGUGCGGGUGAUUUGGAGAGAGGUCGAGAGGUUUAAGUCGUUUCCCGUUCUGUCGCUCGCUGCUGCGUUGGUGCCGCCGUUUCAAAACUUGUCAUCAAAUGUACUAGGUAGCCCGUUGCAGAAUCCUGAUGUGAAAAUGUAUGGAGCCAUUGACCAAAUGUCUAAGGAGGUUGAAGGCCAAGGAUGUCCGUUCCUAUCGUUUAUCGAGUUGAGCCAGACAAAACCUGCGGUGGAGCCUAAAACUGGCAUUGAAUUUCCUUUGGUUCUAGACAAUAUAUUUGCUGGGGAGAAAAGUUACGGAUUCAACUUUGAGGUCCUGGUUGGAACAGGAUCCCGAACCAUGACAAUUGUUAAAAUCAAGUCACUGAAGGUCUAUGCUUUUGGAUUUUAUGUUCAUCCAUUCUCUCUCUGUGAGAAAUUGGGGCCAAAAUACGCAUCAAUUUCUGCCGAUGAACUGAAUAACCGUGAUGACUUCUACAAGGAUCUUCUCAGGGAGGAUAUCAAUAUGACUGUCAGGCUUGUUGUAAAUUGCAGGGGUAUGAAAAUUAACAGCGUGAAAGAUGCUUUUGAAAAAUCACUACGAGCUAGAUUAGUAAAGACAAAUCCAUCCACGGACUUUGAUUGCCUAAGGACAUUUGGUUCAUUCUUCACGGAGAAUAUCUCCAUACCUUUGGGUACAGUAAUUGAGUUCAAACGAACAGUUGAUGGACGUCUGAUCACUAAUAUUAGUGGCAAUCAGAUAGGAAGUGUCCACAGCAAAGAUUUGUGUCGGGCUUUCUUUGACAUGUACAUUGGAGAUCUCCCCGUGUGCGAACAAACUAAAAAAGACAUCGGCAUGAACGUUGCGAAUAUUAUUAGGAGGUGCUAAACUGAUUCAUUUUCUAUCCAGUUGUCCUACUUUUAAAAUGGACAAUUGGACACGGGUGGCAUGGCAUAUACCCUAACUUAUAGUAGAAUCAUUGGUUUCGUGAAAUUGAUUUAAACCUGCAUUCAAAAUCAUAUGCAGGCAUUACUUUUCACGGUUUGCCUUUUGAAUCAUAGAAGUCUUUAGGAUACCUUAAAUUGAAAUGUCAUAGAGCAAAGUACGAUAGUACAAGUGGUUUGUCACUCAUUUGUGUUCCUUAACCAAAGAUCGAUAUUCAAUCACUGGCCUGGACAGGGAAUUGCAAUUGAGAUUACCACUUUAUAUAUAUAGAAGUCGAAUCCGUGAAAAGGAGUUACAGAAAAUUGGAAUUCUUAUUUUUUAUAUCAUUAUAUUCAUCUUCUUAAUGUCCGUAUCCCUCUUGUUAGAUGUAUACUUAUAUUUUAAAUAAUGAAAG